GGUCAACAAAAAUCGUCUGCAUUUAUGAUGAACAAGUUGGCGACACAUUUUUACUCGUUAAAGGUGGUUGUGCCUUGAAAAAAACCUUAAACGUUAUUGACUUGUAUUUUUUGAAGUUUAAUGACGUCUAGAUUACUCGUCCGUACCUUUCAUCGGAUGGUAAGGAAAGAGCUAAGUUACUGUACCCUUGCCGUUGGGGUUCGCAGCAGACGAAUGUUUGUAUCGGCACCGAGGCACCUCAGGCUCAGUGUCACUCUAGCAGCUGCGUGGUGUCGUGGUGCGCUCUUUUGGCGUUGUUCUAGCUGUCGCCCGUUUUCGUCGACGUUGAUAGGCUUUACCAAAAUGAGUUCUCCGAAAAGAAUUUGCAUCAUUGGAUCAGGAAAUUGGGGCUCAGCCAUUGCCAAAAUAGUUGGAGGAAAUGUUAAGAAGUUGGAUCAUUUUGAAAAUGAAGUUCGCAUGUAUGUCUUUGAAGAGGAAGUGAAUGGACGGAAGCUCACAGAAGUAAUAAACACAGACCAUGAAAAUGUGAAGUAUCUGCCAGGUCAUAAAUUACCUGAAAAUGUGGUGGCCGUCCCCGACGUGGUGGACACAGCUGCUGACGCCGACAUUCUGCUGUUCGUGCUGCCCCAUCAGUUCAUCAAGACCAUCUGUCGCCCCCUCGUAGGCACGCUAAAGCCUAAUGCUGUGGGGGUUUCCCUCAUCAAGGGUUUUGACUCUGCGCCGGGUGGAGGCAUUGAACUCAUUUCUCGCGUGAUCGGCAAUCUGCUCAACAUCCCCAUGUCGGUGCUCAUGGGCGCUAACCUUGCCAAAGAAGUUGCUGAUGAGAAGUUCUGUGAGACAACUAUAGGCUGCCGGGACCGCGAGCUGGCCAGGGACCUGCGCGAGGUGUUCCAGACGCAUUACUUCAGAGUCGUCGUCGUGGACGAUGUCGAGGCCGUCGAAGUUUGCGGGGCGCUCAAGAAUAUCGUGGCCACGGGCGCAGGGUUCGUGGACGGUUUGGGCUACGGCGACAACACCAAAGCCGCCAUCAUCAGACUCGGCAUGAUGGAGAUUAUCAAGUUCUGUGAGGUGUUUUAUUCUGGAUCACAACUUGGAACUUUCUUCGAAAGUUGUGGCAUUGCAGACCUCAUCACGACUUGCUAUGGCGGCAGGAACAGAAAGGUCGCCGAGGCUUUCGUUUCUUCAGGAAAGACAAUUGAAGAGCUCGAAAAGGAGAUGCUUAAUGGGCAAAAAUUGCAAGGGCCACAAACGGCUGCGGAAGUCAAUUUUAUGCUGAAAUCACAGAAAAUGGAGGACAGAUUUCCGUUGUUCACUGCCAUCGACCGGAUCUGUAAAGGGGAAAUGGGACCUGACCAGAUGAUUGAAUGUAUACGCAACCAUCCCGAACACAUCUGCAACUUUGACAUCAAACAUGUCAAAAUCUCUGGGGUGAAUUAAGAUCUGGCGUCAGGCGGGGCAGCUGCAGGAGCUUCUCUCAGAGGCAGGACCGUUCGACGCACAACUGCUCACGAGACCACAACCUGCAGUUACUUUUUUCUUCGCACAAGCGGCUUUUGUGCCUGAGCGUAACGAGAGAACUAGGGAUUCAAGAAAUGGUCAUUAUUUACCAUUAAUUAUAAUGAAGUCACUCCACUGCCGGUAGCUGUUAACAAUGAGCAAUGAAUAUUGUUAUGUAAUUAGCAUUUAUUGGUGCUAGAAAGUUUCGUCGCUUUACUUGGAGAGUCCUCAGUACGAAGUGCAAUGUUUAAUGUAUCUUGUUGAAUGGUCUUGAUAUAGAUAUUACAAAAAAAAUAAUGAAGUAAAUUCACCUUUCUUCUUUCAAGAGGAUAGAUGUGGAAAACAGUCGCAGUUCACGAUUUUGUACAGAGAUCAAUUAUAAAACUUGCUGGAUUAGUUUCCAGGGGAAAAUAUUUACUUUAGAUAUCCAAGUUACGGUAUACAGUGAGAAUAAAUCUAUUGACUCUGCCAUCAGUGAACGAUUGGCGUUUGACGAUUAUACCAGGAAUACUAUCAAAGGUUCUUCAUGAAAGUAAUCGAAAAUCGAAAUAAAUCCGUUCAAACUUGUUUGGAAAUGAAUUAUGUAUAAAAAACUUACGACUAGUCUUUGUAUACCGGCAAAUAUUCAUCUGGAUCUGACAAUGAUAUUUGGACGUAAGACCUUAAUUACAAGGAAACUAACUUAUAUAUAAUUUAAUUAUCAAGGACAAGGCCAUACUCUUAUUGAUUCGAGUUAUCCUAGUUGGCUUAAUGGGAAUUUGUGUUAAUCAACUCUAUUUUUAAUGAAUAUUGUUACUUCAAAC